AUGAGGAUCUUGAAAAAAGGAUGGGUCACAAGAAGAACUGGGGAAACGGCGAUGAACCGGGAGUCGUCUCGAUCGCAUGCUAUGUUCAGCAUAGACGUGAGAACGGAAGAGUUAAUCAAUACUAUUGUUAACAAGAAGAGUGCUACGCUGAAUAUGGUCGACCUUGCUGGGUCAGAAAGGCAGUCACAAGCCCCAACUGUAGGAAACCGAUUCAAAGAGGCCGUGAAUAUUAACAAGUCACUCAGCGUAUUAAGUCGCGUAAUUCGAAUGCUGUCAUCAGCAAAUCAGGUCGCGUCAUAUCGUGAAUCCAAAUUAACUCUUUUUCUACGUGAUUCACUCGGAGGAAACAGUAGGACAGCUGUGAUCGUCAACCUUCAUCCUGACAAGGAGUAUUACUAUGAGACGCUUUCUACGCUACGGUUCGCAGCUGCUUGUCGCAAGAUUGAAAAUCGUGUUCAUGCUAAUGAAGAUCAUAUUGGGGACACCGCCAUGGCCUACAAAAGUGAGAUUUCUCGGUUGCGUGCAGAGCUGGACUCAAAGGAGGAGAAAAUUCGUUCAGAGAUGGCUGCAAAGGUUAGAGCUGAGGAAGAGCUGGAGCGCUUUAAAGAGAACGCCAUCAGUCGUGAAAAGCAACUCAGUGAAGCUCUGUUGCAGCGGGAUUUGUUUGCCGCUCAGCUUACGAGGAAGCCUUCUGGAGAUGGAGAUGUGAAGUCACAAGACGACAUUGUGCGUGAAGCGUUGCAAAUGUCGAAAAGAAUUGAUUCAGUUAAAACAUUCGAAGAACUUACAAGAGUUCAGCUCGAGAGAGAUUCAUUAAGAACUCGCACACUGAGGCGGUCUUCUGAAUGUGCGGACUCGUUUAGAGCCCAGGAAUUGACAAUGGAUGCAAAACACCUGCUCAGCUGA